ACCUCCUGAGUUGCAUUCUCCAAAGCCCCUUCUCUGUUAUCACAGCCACCUCAUUUCCUAUGCUCCGAAUAACUCUCUGAUUCUAGUUCAGAAAUAUUUUUUGGAACUGAUUCUCUCUUCUGUACGAACUACUGGACUUUAAUCCCUGCCCUGAGUUUAUUAACUCCAAAACACCAACCUCUUGACGGGUCACACACACACGCACACCCCUCCAUUGCCAGGCCUAACUGUGCCACCUCCCUGUUGACUGCAGAUAAAGUCCAGGCUCAGUAUAGUGUGCAAGCACAGCCCAGCCCACCUGUUCCCUGGCCCUUUUGACUCUGGAAAUGGGAUGCCCCUUCCUCUCUACCUAAAAAAUGACUACAGGGCCAGGGAUUUAGCUCAGUGGUUCUGCCGCCUGCCUCGCAAAUGUCACUCGAUCUGCCCAGGAGAGCUUUUGAAGCUGCCUGCCAGGGUGACUUUGAACUACAGGGACAUGGCUUUGAGGCAGCGGAGGAGCAGAUGAGACGCCCCCAGCUCGUGCGAGUGGGGCUAGUACAGAACAAGACUCCCCUCCCUGCGGAAGCCCCUGUGGUAGAACAGGUCUCUGCCCUCCACAGACGCAUAGAGGCCAUUGUUGAGGUGGCCGCAAUGUGCGGAGUCAACAUCAUUUGUUUCCAGGAAGCAUGGACCAUGCCCUUUGCUUUCUGUACAAGAGAGAAGCUUCCUUGGACAGAGUUUGCCGAGUCAGCAGAGGAUGGUAUUACCACCAGAUUCUGUCAGAAGCUGGCGAAGAAGCAUAGCAUGGUGGUGAUAUCCCCCAUCCUGGAACGAGAUCGAGAUCACGGGGAUGUUCUGUGGAAUACAGCCGUGGUGAUCUCCAAUUCUGGAGCAAUCCUGGGCAAGACCAGGAAAAACCACAUCCCCAGAGUGGGCGAUUUCAAUGAGUCAACAUACUACAUGGAGGGAAACCUGGGCCACCCCGUGUUCCAGACCCAGUUUGGCAGGAUUGCAGUGAACAUUUGUUAUGGGCGGCACCACCCCCUCAACUGGCUUAUGUACAGCAUCAACGGGGCAGAGAUCAUCUUCAACCCCUCAGCCACCAUUGGCACACUCAGUGAGUCCUUGUGGCCAAUUGAGGCCAGAAAUGCAGCAAUUGCCAAUCACUGCUUCACUUGUGCUAUUAACCGUGUGGGUGAGGAACACUUCCCCAAUGAGUUUACCUCUGGAGAUGGAAAGAAAGCUCAUCAGGACUUUGGCUACUUUUACGGCUCCAGCUACGUGGCAGCCCCUGAUGGCAGCCGGACUCCUGGGCUCUCCCGUAACCGGGAUGGGCUGCUGGUCACUGAACUCGACCUCAAUCUCUGCCGGCAGAUGAACGAUGUCUGGAACUUCAAGAUGACGGGCAGAUAUGAGAUGUAUGCACGGGAGCUUGCUGAAGCUGUCAAACCCAACUACAGCCCCCCCAUCUUGAAGGAGUAGCUGGCUGCACCCCUUCCUGCCCGGGGAUAGGGGUGGGUGCCUCUUUCCCCCAGUGGAGAAGCAUGCGGGACAGGUGUUCAAGUUCUGAUAAGGAUGCUGCCCCAGAUGGGUUUUUCAAUACCCAGGUGAGGGGAGGUGAAAUGGGGAAUGGCUGCUAAAUGGGCAUAAGAUUUCUUUCUGGAGUGAUGGAAAUGUUUUGGGAUUAGACAGAGGUGAUGAUGGUUGCACAACACUGCAAAUGUAUAAAGUACCACUGGAUCGUA